AUGGCUGACCAGAGGUUGGACGCCGACGAAGGCCACGAUGAGGCAGCUGACAUUGUGCUGGAGGUGGGAGAGCCGCACGCACCAAAGCCGCGAGCAUCUCUGUGGCGCUUUGCAGUGCUGGAGCUCUUGCUCUCAUUGCUGAGCUGUCUACUUAGCUGCGCCAAUUCCCAGCAGGUUACCUACCUUUGCCUGGGCAUGCUGCCUCUCUUCGCUACCUGCUACAGACACGAGCUGCAGAAGCUGCAAGAGUCGCCCGAGUGUGUGGAUCAGUCGCAGCUGCUACGGCUGCACAGCGCCAGCCGCGUGGCAGCGCUGCAGCAGGUUGGUUUGAUGUUUUUGGCGCCCACGAGUGCUAAGUGGUGGGGUGCCACUUACCCCUCUGCGGCGUGCUUCGUGGUUCUCAACGUAGGCUUCUUCGCGUCACUGGCAACAGCCCGGAGCUUGCAGGAGAUUGCCCCAGCCGGGAAGGCCGGUGCAAUGGACGCAGAGACGGAGGUCGUGGCGGACACCGUGGUAGUCGAAGAGGCGCCAGAGACGGAGGAGCUUUGUAGCAUCUGCUUAAGGCCACUUCAUGGAGAGCCGCUUAGACGCUUGCACUGCGGCCACGCCUUCCACCAGCCUUGUGUAGAUGCUUGGCUGCGUGCCAUAACUCGUGGUGACACACGAAUUUGCCCGAUGAGGUGUGCAAACCCGCAGGUGCCUCGCCGGCUGGCUAGAAGCCGCUUGGCAGCUGCGGGCGGUGCUUAG